GCGCAGGCGCGGUGUGGGCAGCCGCUGUGGAGGCGAUCGCAGGGCAAGUCUCCGUGCUCCCACAUGCUGAUCAUGGCACCAGUGCUAGUGUACAUUGGAUUUCUGGACUGCUGGCUGGUUUAACAGACUCCCUGAGCCCUUUGUUUUGUCUGCAUUUACACUUCUCAGCAGAAUGGGGACCCAGGAAAUUCCCCUUGAGAAUCUUCAAGACCUUGAUUCUGAUGUGAUCGAGGAUGAACCACUCUCUCUGAACAAAGCUGUUGGCAAUGGUCACAUCCAACACACCAAUGGGACAAGCAGAGCUGGGAGUGAUGACACAGACUCUGCUGGCAGUGAUCUGGAGGAUUCACCAAUAAGCACUACAUGGGACAAUUCAAAAAGAGCCUCUUCGGUCGAAUCAUUUUCUUCACAUCAGAGCCUAGACACAGUGUUGGAGGAUGAGGUGGCAUUGGAGUGCAGAGAAUUCAUGAGGAGAUACGUGGAAAAAAUCUUCACUGGGAGGGAAGAAAUUGGCCAGGAGGAGAAGGCGCGGUUUGGGGAGCUGUGCUCGGAAGAAAGCAGUCAAGGCAGAGAGUGGUUUGCGAAAUAUGUUAGCGCCCAGCGGUGCCAUUCCAAAUGCAUUGCUGAGCAUGCAUUCUACCGACUGGUGCAGUCUUUUGCUGUGGUUUUGUUUGAGUGCUACCAGAGGGAUGACUUUGGCCCAGCCAAGAACCUGAUGACCAUGUGCUUCACCUUCUAUCACAUGGGCAAAUCGCAUCCAAAUGUGCUCGAGCUGAAGAGGAAGGCCACGGGCUCCGGAGAGAAAAGUGGGAACAGCUGGCUGGGGCGGAGAGAGCUCCCGGCACAGCUGCUGAGGAACACGGAACACGUGAAGGGGUUUUUUGGGGCUCUGAAGGUGAAGAAUGGGCACACGGCAAACCAGGCCCAGGAGAAGUCCAAGCAUGGAGAGGGAAGGCAGUGUGUGGAGGAGGUGGAAGGGGUGAAGGUUUACCUGUACACCCACCUGAAGCAGCAACCCAUCUGGCACAGCCUGAGGUUCUGGAACGCUGCUUUCUUCGAGGCCGUGCACUGUGAGCGCAGGAAGCGAUCGCCGACCACCAGGGAGAAGUGGUGUCACAUGACCCCAGAGGAACGUGACGACACCCAUCGGUUUGACGAGAAUAUCGCCUUUGGGCAGCUUGGGACUUUCACACACAACAUGUUGGAUUUUGGACUGAGCAAGGAGCUCUGCACCAACUUCCUGAGGAAGCAGUCGGUGAUUGGGAACCUGAACCAAGGCAGGAUUACUGUCGUGUUUGAGGACGGUUUGGGUCUGGUCGAUUUCCACCUCUCCAAGCGCCUCUGUGUUUUGUACAUUUCUGAGGUAGACCUCGUUGCCGGAAAUGGUUACAGAAGAAAACUUGUCCGAUUUCGGAAUGCGAGCACUCUGAAUGGGAUAGUUCUGGUGGAAAAGACCCGGCUGAGCGAGCAGUACUUUGCUGGGGUCCAGAGGUUUGUGGUGUUGGAGCUGGGCCUGACCCUGUUACCUGUAGCCAGCCAGUCUGAGGCCUCGCAGCUCAUCACCCAGCUGGUUCACGAGGAGAGCAGGAACCGGGACCACAAUCCGUUUCUGCGCAAGAACCGCUCUGGAUUGUCUGAUGCUGGGAUCCUUGCCUCCGUCCAGAAGAUCCCUGGGGUUGGGAAGGUGAAAGCCAUGAACCUUCUCUGUCGGUUCCCCAGUAUUCAGCAGCUCAGUGUUGCUGCCCCCCAGGAGCUGGAAGCAGUGACCGGACCGGCUGUAGCUCAGCAGAUCACCGACUUCUUCUCACCCGUUCCCUGACACUGGCACAUGUCAGCUGCCAGACAGCCAGCCAGCGAUGCUGGCUUUACUGCAGCUAUGCAGAGACGCUGGGUGCCGGAACCGCUCCCCUUCACACAGGGCUGUCGGCUUCGGCCUCGGCCUUUCCCCAUGGUCUGGUGAGCUUGUGGUUGAUGAGUUAUUGGGGUGUUGAGCUGUGGGUGUGCAGCGAACGAGGGGCCUGCGUGUGUGUGUCCUCAGCACCACUGGUAUCAGUGAACUGAACAGAACUCCCCAAGCAGCCCAGGGUGCAGCUGGUAGAGGUGUGUGGGUGUCUCUGCUGUACCAGCUGUGGGGAAGGGAUGUAACCCAGUCUCCUCCCACCAUUCCCAGCUGAGUUUGGGGAGACGGGUCCAGGGAUUGAGGUUACUGGGGGCUGGGAUUGGACCAGGAAAUGUGGGGGAAGGAAAUGUGGGGGAAGGAAAUGUUCAUCUGGGAAAAGCCAUACUUCAUCAGCCAGGACCACCCCACCCCACCCCACCCCAGCAGGAAUGACCAACCACACCCUCCCCCCACAAUCAGCAGCAGUUGACACACCUCCUCCUCCCCCCGCCCACCCAGCUGUUUCUAACACCGUCACCACUCCUCUGGUUCCACAAACAUGAGACAAGCAGAUUUACACCUGGUUUUAAUUGUUGCACAAAUAGAAACACUUUACAGACAAUGACAGACACACACGGAAGGGCGAGUGGGGCCGUACAUUGCAACCUGGCUCAGGGGAGAUGGUCUGUGGGACACUGAGCUGGUCCAGCGGUAACAAAUCACUGUCUGUGGGCAGGGAGAGUUGUGUUCACCCUUAUGGUGAGGAACAUCACUAGAACAGACAUUGCCCUGUGGUCUAAGGCAAACAGGGCUCCUAAUUUGAUCUCACGAGUUGACAUCUGAGAAACUUUAGUUCUAGUUUCCCAUCCAAGGUAUAAGAUUGGGUGAGAGUGCAAUAACAUGCCAGUCCCAAACACUGUGAUCAAAGGAUUGUUACUGGCAGAGCAAGCUAGGCACAAACGUACUUAGAGUUACACCCACACAGACCCUGGUGACAAUUAGUUAAAGAUUUAUACUGGAAAAAUAAAACUGAGUAUAUAAAUCUGCUUAAUUUAUAAAAAAUCAA